UUCACGCGGCUGUUUUUACUGCUGAAAUAUUUAGUACAGUCACUCACUUGACUGCAACUGUAGUGGGGAAGUAGAAGGUGGCGCUGUCUGAGGGCUGAGUUGGUAGACUUUUACAGAAGCAAAUCCAUUGGAAAAACUAUUUGCUGAGAUUAUUGAAUUAAGAACAAGUGGAUGAUCUAGAACGAAACAUACAUUCUCCUCCAGAAAAGGUUUCGCUGGAAUGGGUAAUCUUCUAAAAGUCCUUACAAGGGAAAUAGAGAACUAUCCACAUUUUUUCCUGGACUUUGAAAAAACCAAAUGGGGAAUCUGUUAAAAGUGCUCACUUGCACAGAGUUUGAUCAGGGGCCAAACUUUUUCCUUGACUUUGAAAAUGCGCAGCCAACAGACUGUGAGAGAGACGUGUGGAACCAGGUGAACGCUGUACUCCAGGAGUCGGAGAGCAUCCUGUCUGGCUUACAGGCCUACAAGGGGGCGGGUCAGGAAAUACGAGAUGCAAUACAGAAUCCUAAUGACAUGCUCCUUCAGGAGAGAGCAUGGAACUCCGUGUGUCCCCUUGUUAUCCGCCUAAAGAAGUUCUAUGCCUUUUCAUUGAAACUAGAGGAAGCGCUGAAGAGCCUCUUGGAGUCACUGACAUGUCCACCGUACACUCCCACUCAGCACCUGGAGAGGGAGCAGGCCCUCGCUAAACAGUUUGCAGAAAUCCUGCAUUUCACCCUCCGCUUUGAUGAGCUGAAGAUGAGAAUUCCGGCAAUCCAGAAUGACUUCAGCUACUACAGAAGAACAAUAAGUCGAAAUAGAUUAAACAACAUGAAUUUGGAUAUUGAAAAUGAGGUCAAUAAUGAAAUGGCAAACAGAAUGUCUCUAUUCUAUGCGGAGGCCACACCCAUGCUGAAGACUCUGAGCACAGCGACAACAAACUUUGUUACAGAGAAUAAGACAUUACCUCUUGAGAACACCACAGACUGCCUGAGCACCAUGGCAAGUGUAUGCAAGGUCAUGCUGGAGACGCCAGAAUACACAAGCCGUUUCAACAGUGAUGAGACUCUCCUCUUUUGUAUGAGGGUAAUGGUGGGGGUUAUUAUCCUUUACGACCAUGUGCAUCCAAACGGUGCUUUCAACAAAUCCUCAAAAAUCGAUAUGAAAGGGUGCAUUAAAGUCUUGAAAGAUCAGCCUGCAGAUAAUGUUGAAGGUCUCCUCAAUGCCCUCAAGUUCACCACAAAACACCUGAACGAUGAGUCCACUCCAAAAAAUAUCCGAACAAUGCUCCAGUAAUGUUUUUUUAGGUGAAGCGGGUCAAUAUUCUGACCUCAAAAGAUGUAUAUGUUUACAUUUAUUUAAGGACUUGAUGUUAAUACUUUGGUGUAUUUACAUAGUCAUUCCCUCCAAGUUACUUCAGUGUAAAGAAAGCAAACCUUUAUUCUUAACAAAUUGUGCAAAAGCGCAAAUAAAGAAACCAAGCAGCCUUAUGAAAAUUCAUUCAACAAACAAUAUUUGCAAUGUUGCUUUCAAAUAAAUAACAGUGAUCAUAUUAACCAAAGGGGCUGAUGCAUUGGUUGUGAGUUACACUGUACAGUGAAGUGCUAUUGGCUAUAGUGUAGUCAAUAGUGCAUGAGGAAAGUGUUUGGAUCAUUGUGCUUUUGUAUUUUAUAAUACGGUAAUGAUGAGAAAAGACAGUUCUGUAAAACACCAUAAUGUGAUGUAACCAAUUUGUUCUGUAUUUUCAAAUCUGUUUUGGCUAAAGGUGGAGAUAUCAGCUUUUAUUUUUGUUAAUAUGUGAUGUGUGCUCUUCAUGUCUGUGUGCCUUUUUGUUUCUAACACAGUUGUUGCUCAUCAAUACAGCUUUAAAUUUUGAAAUAAAAUUGACAUUUUGAUUAUA